UCGUUGAGCAAGCAUACACGCACUACUCUGAUCUGCAGUCUAUACUCGUAUUUUGUCUGACCUAUUGCAAAAUCUUUUGUUGAUUGUGACUUAAUAAAAAUAUAUAAAGUGAAAUGAGGAAGAAUAUUGACGACGUCCAACCACGGACGGUGGAUGAACAUUUCAAAUUAAUCCUAGAAGAUAAGAGUGUAAUCGAUCCGGAAGCAACCGAUGUAACACCCAAUGAUCUUCCAGAAUGGUACAAUAAACAAUUAUACAAAGUAGCUCAAAACUUUUAUAAGCGAAACUUAAUGUCAUUGGUAGCAGCAGCCACAGUAGGAGUUAUUGUAGUAUUUGCAGUGGAAACAAUACUAAAGGUGCUCUUGUAUACAAAACGAAGUAGUUCAACCUGUGCAGCUUUUAAAAGAUACAUCGAAACUAUAUUACAUAUACACAACAUAUAUACGUGUGAUCCAAAUGAUUUAGAUUCCAAAUGGUAUAAAUCGAUGAACUUAAUUCGUUGGCAUCAUAAAAUGGGCACCAGAAUGUCAAAGAAGGCUGGUGUUGGAGAAAUUUAUCAAAAAGAUAUGGUACUUACACAGUUCGGUUUUAUGGGAUACAUCUUGACUACACCUAAGUCUUUUGGACUAAACGCUACAUUGGAAGAAGAAGAAGCAUUUAAUCAUUUCUGGCGUGUAAAUGCUUAUAUGUUAGGAAUCACUGAUAAAUUGAAUUUGUGUCGCAAAAACGCAAAAGAAACUACCGAAUUAUGUCAUAAAAUCAAAAAUUUGUAUUCAACUUAUUUGAGUAACGGUACACCUGAAUUUCAUGAUGUAGCGUCAAAUACGUUAAAUGCAUUAUGGUACGUUGAUAUGACCGCAGAUAUAGACGCUUUCAUGGCAUUCGCAUAUAAAAUACAUGGACUCCCAGAUAAAAAGCUUGGAUGGCGUAGUUGGUUAAUUAUGAAAUAUCGUGAAUAUUUAUUUUAUUUGUGUCUUGUGCCUUAUAUCAGAGUAAUAGUAAGAGCAUACACUAAUUUAUUUGUUCGGAUGGUAAUAUGGAAUUCCUAUCACUUUCCUAUACUUGCUUGGAUAAAAUUUGGAAAGGAUAAUGUCCGGUUCAAUCUAUACUCGAAACACUAACAACUUCGAUUUUAUUAACAAUUU